AAGGGCUGCAGGCUGGCGCGCAGCGUGGGUUUGCCCUGUUUGUGGUUCUUUUCGUCUUCUUCUCCCCCAGUUCUUUCCUUUGCUACCCGUCCCACCAACAUGAAGGCUCUGAGCCCAGCCCGAGGCUGCUACGAAGCCGUGUGCUGUCUGUCGGAGCGCAGCCUUGCCAUCGCGCGUGGCCGUGGGAAGAGUCCCGCGGCCGAGGAGCCGCUGAGCUUGCUUUAUGACAUGAAUGACUGCUAUUCGCGCCUGCGGGAGCUGGUCCCGGGCGUCCCGCGGGGCACGGAGCUCAGCCAGGUGGAGAUCCUGCAGCGUGUCAUUGACUACAUCCUGGACCUGCAGGUGGUGCUGGCCGAGCCCGCCCCAGGGGCCCCCGACGGGCCCCAUCUCGGCAUCCAGACAGCCGAACUGACGUCUGAACUCUACUCCAAAGACGAGAGCAGUCUUUGCCACUGACCCCAGCCACCCCUAGUUCUGUAUGCAGGUGUUGUGAUCCCGCUGGGACCCCGAGGAUCAGGCUUUGACCAGAGCCCCAGGAAUAGCCAGGUCCACACUGGCUCCAGCAUCUGUUUUUACCACUGUCUCCGCCUCGCCUGGUUCAAGGCUGUGAAAGGAACUCCGAGCUGAGCCCUCUUCCCGGGAUCUAGGAGAACUAAACUAUGGGGCUUCUGUAGAAGAAAAGAGAAGACGGUUUUCAUACCGGUUUACGGUUUUUCCCCAAGUUUAAAAGGAUUGGUUUGUUCAGCAGGUUUUGUUUUUUCGAAGGGACAUUUUGUUAUUUCCCUUCCCCACCCCCAACCAAUUUUGUUGAGGCAGCUGGAGACUUUAGAUUGUGGUGUCCCUGGAGGGGGGGAGACCUUUCAGGAAAGAGACCUACUUGUUCCUGUCCCCUCCUCAAGACCUCACUGUGAUUAUGAACUCUAUAAUAGAGUAUGUAUAGCAUAUGUACCUUUGUGCAGGAAGGUGACUUUCUGUUUCAUGCAUUGUACUUUAUAAACUUUUUAUAAAAGUUAAACUUUUUGCAUAAUAAAAGUGUUUUUUUUUUUUUAAACUUUUU